UUUUUAAGAAUUUGAUUUUUUCGCCUUGUUUUUAAUUUGUUUGUUGGCCUGCUGCUUUUUCCCGUGGCUGCUUUUUCCUUCCCCUCCCGCCCUCUCUGAGAGCAGAGUGGGUAGGGGGGGAGAGGAGAAAGAGGAGGAGUGCGAACAGAAAUGCAGCGCGGCUCUCCCUGAGCCCGGCCGCGGAGCCGCGUCCAUGUGCGCGCCCUGCCGCGCAGCGCCUCGGAGCCACCGCGCCGGGGCUGGGGCUGCCCGCGGCCCGAGGGGUCUCUGACUCAUCCCACAGCCCCUCGCCGGAGGGCGGCCGGAGGGAGGAAGCGCCGCCGCCUGCGCCCGGGCGGAGCGGAGCGGCACCGCGCCGCAGGGACCCGCGGAUCCUCCGCGCCCCCCUCUCCUUUGGACACAGCGGACCUUCGCCAGCGGGGCGGCCGCUCCCGGAUCUACGCGGCGCUACCAGCCCGGCCGGGGGUCUCGCCGACGGCCGCCCGCGCCGGGAUUUGCGCUCCCCGGGGACAGACCCAUGGGCGGCGGGCUCCGGCGUCCAGCCAUGGUUGUUAGCCCGGGCGCCCUGCUCCGCCUGGCCGGCUGAGCCCUCCCCGGCGCCGGGACUCGGGGCUGCAGCGCGUUCCGCGGGUCGUUCCCGUGCCCGGUCCCCGCGGGGCGCGGCGGCGGCUCGGCCCCAGCGCGCCCGGGCGGCGCACCCCGGAGCGGAGCGGCGCGGGGGGCCCAUGAGCGGCGAUGGCAGCGGCUAUCGCCAGCUCGCUCAUCCGGCAGAAGCGGCAAGCGAGGGAGUCCAACAGCGACCGGGUGUCCGCCUCCAAGCGCCGCUCCAGCCCCAGCAAGGACGGGCGCUCCCUCUGCGAGAGGCAUGUCCUGGGGGUCUUCAGCAAAGUGCGCUUCUGCAGCGGCAGGAAAAGGCCGGUGAGGAGGAGACCGGAACCCCAGCUGAAAGGAAUUGUGACAAGGUUAUUCAGCCAGCAGGAAUACUUCCUGCAGAUGCACCCAGAUGGUACAAUUGAUGGGACCAAGGACGAAAACAGUGACUACACCCUUUUCAAUCUAAUUCCUGUGGGUCUUCGCGUGGUGGCAAUCCAAGGGGUGAAGGCAGGUCUGUACGUUGCCAUGAACGCUGAGGGAUAUCUCUACAGCUCAGAUGUUUUCACACCAGAGUGCAAAUUUAAAGAAUCUGUCUUUGAAAACUACUACGUUAUUUAUUCUUCCACGCUGUACCGGCAGCAGGAAUCGGGACGAGCGUGGUUCCUGGGACUCAAUAAAGAAGGUCAAAUUAUGAAGGGAAACCGAGUGAAAAAAACCAAACCCUCAUCACAUUUUGUACCCAAACCCAUUGAAGUGUGCAUGUACAGAGAGCCAUCGCUGCAUGAAAUUGGAGAAAAACAAGGACGCUCAAGGAAAAGUUCAGGGACACCAACCAUGAAUGGAGGCAAAGUUGUUAACCAAGACUCGACAUAGCUGACAAAUACCCUCCCUUCUUCCAACUCCUCCCCUCCCACCCACCUACCCACCCCACCUGGCGAAACCACACUGAGAUGAUGACAACUGGGCAAGGCAGGACCUACCGGUAGUGGCUUGGAGUGUGAACUCCAGAAUCUUUCUUUGUGUAGGACGAGAAAAUCGAAACCCAGAUCCUGCCUGUUGCAACGUUUUAAAAAACAACAACAACAAAAAAAAAAGUGAAGAAAAAAUGUUUUAAAUCAGGACUCCAUUAACAUUUUCAAAAGCAAACUGUUUGCUCUGUGAUCAAAGGGGGAAAAAUCUCAUCUCUGCAUAAUAAUAAUAAUAAUAACUAAUAAAUAUAAUAAUAAUAAUAAUAAAGAUGUUACCUUUAAAAAUAAAACAAAGCUUUUGGAAAAUUGAA